AUGCUGUUUACCAGGUUCACUGGAAGGAGAGUACUGAAGAUGACGAGCGACAUUGCUACUACUUUUGAAGGCGAGAUCGAUUUGGGUAUCAUUGGUGGUACCGGUCUGUACAAUCUGGAAUGUUUGAAGGCUAUUGCUAUCCUCCCACCGAUGGAGACACCAUGGGGUAAGACCUCUUCUCCCAUCACCAUCUCCAAGGUGACCACCACAAAGGACAUUGAGGGCCACCCAAGCAUUAACAAGAACUUCCAUGUGGCUUUCAUCUCCAGACAUGGUCUGCACCAUGAAUACCCUCCUACUAAGGUGCCUUUCAGAGCCAACAUGGCUGCGUUGAAACAUCUCAAGUGUAAAGCUGUGUUGUCCUUCAGUGCUGUCGGUUCAUUGCAACACCAUAUCAGGCCAAGAGACUUUGUGCUUCCACAGCAGAUCAUUGAUAGAACUAAGGGUAUCAGAGACUCCUCAUAUUACAACGAUGAAGGUCUAGUCGGGCAUGUCGGUUUCGGUAACCCAUUCUCUGAAGCCUUUGCCAAGUACAUCUACCAGUUCAAGGACAACUUGGUUAACAAAGGCGACCACUGUACUCUGCAUUUCAAUAAGGAUAUUACUGUUAUCUGUAUGGAGGGGCCUCAAUUCUCUACAAGAGCCGAGUCUAAGAUGUACAGAUUGCUUGGUGGUGACGUUAUCAACAUGAGUGUCAUUCCAGAAGCCAAGUUGGCUCGUGAGUGUGAGCUGCCAUAUCAAAUGGUUUGUAUGUCCACUGAUUAUGACGCUUGGAAAGAUGAAGAAGAACCUGUGACAGUGGAGACCGUUAUUGGCCACUUGACAAACAACGGUAUGAACGCUAACGUGUUGGCUUCUUGCAUUAUCGAAUCAAUGGCUCAUGAACUACCUGAAUUCAUGGUUACUGGUGACGGUUUGAAGAACUCAGUAAAGAUGUCAAUCUCCACCAAGCCAGAAGGUAUGUCCAAAGAGACGCUUAACAAGUUGAGAUACCUAUUCCCAGACUAUUGGUAG